CAUUUUUGAAGUUUUGUCAAAAAUUCAUCUCCCCCUCCUGCUUUAGUCUAGCUGCAACGGCGAAGUACCGAAACCCUAAGAAGCACAGCAGCUAAGAGCGAAGUAGCAACAAAUGGCACAACCUAAAGUGUUGUCGACGAAGGAGGCCGAUAUACAAAUGAUGUUGUCUGCUGAAGUCCAUCUCGGCACCAAGAAUUGUGAUUUUCAGAUGGAACGUUACGUAUUUAAGCGCCGCAACGACGGAAUUUACAUUAUCAACAUGGGAGAAGCUUCAGAGGCUGUACUGAAAUUUGCUCAGCACACAGGUUGUCAAGCCAUUGCUGGCCGUCACACUCCUGGUACUUUCACAAAUCAGCUCCAGACAUCGUUCAGUGAGCCCCGUUUACUUAUUUUGACCGACCCAAGAACAGAUCACCAGCCAAUCAAGGAGGCUGUCCCCACAAUAGCUUUCUGUGAUACUGAUUCUCCCAUGAGAUAUGUUGAUAUUGGUAUCCCUGCUAACAACAAAGGAAAGCACAGCAUUGGGUGUCUGUUCUGGCUUUUAGCUAGAAUGGUGUUGCAGAUGAGAGGUGUGUUUGACCAAGGGCAUAAAUGGCAUGUCAUGGUUGAUUUGUUUUUCUACAGGGAACCAGAAGAGGCUAAGGAACAAAACAGAAAUGAUGUUGAUAUCCCUGCAGAUUACACAGAUUUUGCAGCAGGCAUGUGUAGCAACUGGUCAGCUCAGAUUCUUGAUGCUCAAUGGGUUGGUGACAUGGCACCACCACCAAUUGCUGGUUCCCCUGUGGCUGCAAGUGCCACUGGGUGGACUGGUGCUGAAGCUCUGGUUAGUGGUGGUGAUGGAUGGGAGGCUGUUGCUGCUCCUUUACCACAAAAGCUUAAACCAGUCAGACAAGUUCUCAUAAAAUCUAAAAAAUUUGAUGCAGGGAAGUUGAUACAAGAAGACAUGGAUCAACAACAAAGUGUGGCCAACGAUAUAAACAAAAUUCUGAGGGGGGCUGAGUCCAUGUCAAACAAGCUCAAAGAUCUGAGCAGUCGUGUACAACAUAUGGAGGAGGAGUUGCAAAACAUUCAAAAAAAUCAACCUGAGUUUCCUCUUAUCUCAGAUGAGGAGUCCAAAGAGGACCAAAACUUAGUUCUACCUGACUACCAAAACUUAGUUCUACCUAUCUUCCCUGAGAAUUUUAAAGAUCUUAAAGUCUUUCGUAAGUGGAAGAAGCGUGUAGAUUCGUGUUUUGAGGGUCGUGAAAUCCCAUACGAAAUGCAAGGACAACUUGUAGCCGAGACAUUCCCAAAGAAUUUCCCAUGGUGGGAACAAAUCCAAAAGCUAAGCCAGCGAAUCGAUAACGAUGAUAAGAUUACGUGGAGAGAGAUUAAGAAGAUGUUUAUCGUUCAAUUUUUUUCUUCAGAUUGUUUGCUUUCCAACAAGGACCGGUCGUCUCCUCCUCCUAAGAAUAUAGACUAACCAUAUUAUACUUUUGAUUCGGUUACAACUAGUUAGCAUUCAAAACUACUCAACAAUGUAACGGGCGUUUGGUUCAAACUUUCUAUUUGACUGUUUUGGAAUUUAGCAAAUGAAAUGGA